AUGGAGCCCCCGCCGCCCACUCCUUCUCCGUCGCUCUCGCUUUCCCCCUUCACACUCCCCUUAGCCCGUCGCCCUCGCUUUCCCCUCGUCGUCAUUGCUUCCCCCGUCGGUCUCGCUUUCCCCCGCCGCACACUCCUUCCCCCGUCUCUCUCGCUUUCCCCCCCUACCCACUCCUUCUCCCGUCGUUCUCGUUUGCCUCCGUCACCCACUCCUUCCCCCAUCGCACUCGCUUUCCCCCGUCGCCUCUGGCUUUCCCCCAUCGUCCUUGCUUCCCCCAUCGCCCUCGCUUUCCCCCGUUGCUCUUGCUUUCCCCCGCGGCCCACUCCUUCCCCCGUCUCUCUCGCUUUCCCCCGCCGCCCACUCCUUCUCCCGUCGUUCUCGUUUGCCCCCGUCGCCCUUUCUCUGCCCCGUCGCCCACACUUGUCACCGUCCCCCACGCUUUCCCGAGUCGCACACGCGUUCCCCGGCGCCCACGCUUUCCUCUGUCAUCCUCCCUCCCUUUCCUCUACCGUCAUUACUUCCCCCAUCGCCCUCGUUUUCCCCCGCCGCCCACUCCUUCUCCCGUCGCUCUCGCUUUCCCCCGCAGCCACUCCAUCUCCUGUUGCUCUCUCUUGCCUCCGACACCCACUCCUUCCCUUGUCGCCGUCACUUUCCCCCGUCUCCCUCCCUUUCCCUCGUCGUCCUUACCCUCCUCGUCGCUCUCGCACACUCCUCGUCGCUCUCGCUUUCCCCCGUCGCCUUUGUUACACACCGUCGUCAUUGCUUUCCCCCGUCGCCAGCUCCUUCCCCUCUCGCCCUCCCCUUCCGCCCCCGCCUUUUCUUGACCCCCGCCUUUGGCUCCCCCGUCGCUUUUGGUACACCCGUCGGUUUUGGUACACCCCCCGCCAUUGCUCCCCCGCCCUCAUCACCUACUCCUGCCCCGUCGCCCUCGUUUCUCCCCGUCACCCACCCCUUCCCCCUUUGCCCACGUUUCCAUCCGUCUCCCACCCUUUUCCCUGUCAUCCUCUCAUACACCCGUCGCCCCCGGUUUCCCCCGUCUCACACCCUUCCCCCGUCACCAUCUCUUACACCCGCCGCCCUCGUAAGCUUGUGCCGCCCUCGGAUCCUUCCACCCUCAGCAGUCUCUCAUUACUCCUCCCUCCUCACCACCCCUCCGCCCGCCCCUCACCACCACCCUCCCAUCUCUUCUUAUAG